AUGAGAUUUGUUGACAAGGGAAAGGCGGAAAGGUGUCGUGCACUCAAAUUCAACCGCUCCACCGGAGGGUCGUUCUCCUCCAUCGCAAUUUAUUCUCAGAAUCUCAAGAACUUUUCUCCAAUCUCCAUUUUGUCUACCCUUUCCCUCUUUCCUCAUUUCUUCGUCUCCCUGAAAUAGUUGAGCCAGGAUUAGGAACAUCCAUGGCGUCGUCGACCUACCAGCAGCAGCAGGUGGGCGUUCCAGCAAAGCUUCCCCUCCCUCUAGAUUACACCGUGAGGAAGCACGUAUUUAGUCUUAGCGGUGGCGAUUUCACGGUGGAGGACGCCCACGGCAAUCUUGCCUUCAAGGUGCGGGGUGGCAGCAGCUCCUACUUUACCGGCAGCGCCACCAAGCAGAAGCAGCUCUUCGUGCUUGAUGCAUCGGGGAACCCCCUCCUAUCUCUCUAUCAGAAACCUGGAGGAUUUGACUGGGAAUGUUGUAGAAGGAACUGGUUUGGAUGCGAAGAGUUGGUUUUCCGUGCAAGGAAGAGGCAGCAAGCAAGCAAGUGGGUGAAGGAAUUAGAGAUAUACCUUGGUUUAGAAUCUUUAGAUCCUAAACGAUGUUACUGCACUGGGAUGAGCUCCACGCCUUGGGACAUGUUAGUUAAAGGCAGCCCUUUUGCGAGAUCAUGUACCAUCUACAAGGGCAACAACAUCCUUGCUCAGUAUCUUUGUGCAGUCCAGUGCAUUGCACCAGCUCGGGAAAAAAGUCCUAUGGCGGCAUAAGUUUCGGCUGACUUUCUACUGUAAUAUAGACCAUGCUCUCGUUGUAGCGCUAGUUGCAAUAUUUUUCAAUGGAAUUAAUUGGAAAUAAUUACCUUUUUUGCUGUUC